AGGCGGCCGUCAGUACUGGAGAGGAGGGAGCCUAGGUCGGAGCAUGCUGCACCGGCGUCGAUACCAAGUGGGCUUUGGUGCUGGUGGCGUUUUGGCGCGGCGGCACGCGGCGGCCUGACUCACGUGAGAGCGCGCCGCCCGUCCGUCCGUGUCCAGCCGGCCGACGAGAGUGCGUGCGAAAAGCGAGCAAAAUGGUGCAGUGCUUAAGCAAUAGCAGCAGCAGCAGUAGCAGCAGCAGCAGGUGGUGAGUGGCUGCAGCCGCCCCCGGACAGCAGCAUGCAGCCGCCUCCGCCGCCUCCACCGCGCCACCUAUUCUCCAGCCCCACCCAGCCCAACUUGGGCGAGCCGGAGGCCGUGGUCGUGUCGCCGGACCGCAGCUCGGCGUCCGGCUUCUCCGCGGGGGGCGCCCGGACGCCGCUGUCCAACAGGGGCUCCACCAGGCUGACCAAGCAACACGUCAAGCCCUUCACCAGGGAUUCCCUGGAACGGCUCGAGAGCAAGACGGUGCAGUUGGUGCGCGAGUACGGCUUCCAGCCGCGCCGCAAGGUCAGCGUCGAGGACGGCUCCGUGCUGCCCUACAAAUUCGAGCCCUUCCCCAGCCCACUCUACGGCAGGCCCCUCGAGGAGAUCGACAACUUCAUCUACGAUGAGACUUUCUGCGUGGUGUCGAAACGCUUUCGGAAGAACUACAUCCACCGCUUCACCGCCACCAACUCUUUUUUUAUAUUUUCACCGUGGAACCGUUGGAGGCGAGCUUGUGUUUUUGUAUCGACAAACCAGUAUUUUGAUUACAUUGUGAUGGCCACUAUACUGCUCAACUGCGUCUUCCUCGCCAUGACCGAACCUAUGGAGGAGGCAGAGUACUUCUUCUUGGUUAUAUACAGUUUUGAAAUGGUUAUAAAGUCGGUGGCAAAAGGCUUCAUUCUAAACAAAUACACCUACCUUCGGAACCCGUGGAAUUGGUUGGACUUUGUUGUUAUUACGUCGGGGUACGCAACUAUCGGCAAAGCGAGUGGAAAUUUGGCCGGUCUGCGUACCUUUCGUGUGCUUCGUGCCCUCAAGACAGUGUCAAUUAUGCCCGGUUUAAAAACUAUCAUUAACGCACUGCUGCAUUCCUUCCGCCAGUUGGCAGAGGUCAUGACGCUAACCAUCUUCUGUCUGAUGGUGUUUGCGUUGUUCGCACUUCAAGUGUACAUGGGAGAGUUGCGCAACAAAUGCAUCGAGAAAAUGGACAACAACGAUACGUUUUCAGACCCUGACUUCAGCAAUUUCACCAAAGCCGACUGGCAAGCGUGGAAAAACGCAACGUAUUCAGCAUGGUAUGCCUGGCACAGCGACAGAUCGCACUGGGCCUUGAAUGACGACGACAAACCGGUGCUCUGCGGAAACGUGACAGGGGCGAGGCACUGCGAGAGUCUCAAGAAAAACGCGACGGACAAAGAAUACGUGUGCAUCCAGUUCGGCGAAAAUCCCAACUUUGGCUUCACCAGUUUCGACAAUUUUUUGUGGUCCAUGCUGACCACCUUCCAGCUAAUUACACUCGACUACUGGGAAGAUGUCUACAAUAAGGUGUUAGCGACGUGUGGCCCCAUCAGCGUGACGUUUUUUACAGUCGUUGUUUUCUUUGGUUCAUUUUACUUGAUCAAUUUGAUGUUGGCUGUCGUGGCGCUGAGCUACGAAGAGGAAGCUGAAAUCACACAAGAGGAACGGAGGAAAGAACUACCCGACCACCGUGAUGACUCGACAUUCAGCUUCGAUCCGUCAAACCUGGACGUAAAAACACUGGAGAAGGACACGCAGAAGCGCAAAAUCGACUCGCGCAAGGGCAUCCUGCUGUCCUCGUACACGAAGAAAAAGAAAACGCGCAAGCGGAAGAAGAACCAAAAGAAGGACGAGGCCAACAAGAACGACUCGUCGAGGUGUUCGAGCCCAAAGGAGAGUUUAGCGCAGCGGGGCAGCGAGCAGCUCGAGCCGUGCAGCACCCCGCAGAGGCCGACGGCGCUGCAACUUCCCAGCCCGGUGGUGAUGCCGAGGCAUCCCUCGCCGCACAAGCCGCCGCCACCCCCUCCACCCAUGCCGCCGCAUUCCGCAGCCCCCAAGUUCAAGGAAGCGGUCAACUCGGAGGCCAGGGUCACGGAACAUCUCCACCCAAACGCAGUCGCCACGUACGGGGCGGUGCUUAAAGAACUGCGGACCGUGCUGCCGGCCAAAACCGCCGUUCAGCAGCCUCAGCCUCAGCAGCAGCAGCCGUCGGCCGGAAAUGAGCUGUCAGUGUGCUCGAGAGCUCGCCUCAAAAAGCCCGGAAGCAACAGUGACAGCAAUAACCCCGAGUCCUCUCUUGAUGAUUCAGGGGUGGUCGACGACCACGAAGGGGGCGACAUCACCUCCGAGGAGGCGCCCGCCCAGCUGGCCGUCAAACAUCAGCGGCUGGCCGCCUACACCAUUGUCAAGAGCGAGUGCGGUGCCAAGGAGACCAUCAUCUGCAACGGGGUCAGUCCUGCCCAGCUGGACGAGGGCUCCCUCUACGGUCUCAGCCGACCGGAUUAUGUCAUGGUUGUUCACGACAAUCUGCAGGACAGGAACUGCGCCAAGUGCGAGCAGUGUUGUUUGAACUACCAUGGCUGGCUUAGGUUUCAGAACUGCCUGUACAACAUCGUGCACGACCCCUUGUUUGACCUGCUAAUUACGUUGUGCAUUGUGCUCAACACCCUGUUCCUGGCCCUCGAGCACCACGGCAUGAGCGAGUCCGUCAAAGCGGUGCUCGACAUCGGCAACAGGGUUUUCACAUCGAUAUUUACACUGGAGUGCAUCCUAAAGCUGAUGGCAAUGAGCAAGGACUACUUCAGCUGCGGAUGGAACAUUUUCGACCUGAUCGUCGUGUCAGCUAGCAUGCUUGACCUGGCCUUCGAGCUGAUAGAGAGCAUUUCUGUUCUGCGCGGCCUGCGACUGUUGCGAGUCCUCAAGCUGGCGCAAUCGUGGACGACGAUGAAAGUUUUGCUCUCGAUCAUCAUCUCGACGCUCGGCGCGCUCGGAAACUUGACGUUCGUGCUGGUCAUCGUCAUUUACAUUUUCGCCGUGAUCGGAAUGCAACUGUUUUCCAAUAAGUACACGUCAGAAAUCUUUGAAGACGAAAUACCAAGGUGGAACUUCAUAGACUUUUUCCACUCUUUCAUGAUGAUUUUUCGCAUCCUCUGCGGAGAGUGGAUCGAGCCCCUGUGGGACUGCAUGCGUGCGAAUGAAAAGGAGGGCACGGGUCCUUGUUUCUUGAUUUUCCUGCCAGCGCUCGUGAUGGGCAACUUCAUGGUGCUCAACUUGUUCUUGGCCUUGUUGCUCAACAGCUUCAACUCAGAGGAAUUGAAGAAUAAAAAGGAGAUGAAGAUACUAGAAAAUUUUUUACAUCAAUCUCAUAAAAUAAACGUAAAGCAAGAGGAAGUGGGCGACGACUCAAAGCUGGCGCGGAGCUUCGAGCGGGUCAAGUCGCUGUUCCAGCGGCGCACCCGCAACCAGGACAUGCAGUGCUCCGUCACGAUGGCCGUGACGGCCGCCUCGCCGGCCUCGGUGCCGGCUGAGCUGGUGAACAGAAACCAGGCGGACUACCCGGACGGUGGCCUCUUGCUCGAGCAACAGGAGAUAAAAAAGUUCAAAUACGGGCAGCUCAGCCAGCAGGACAGUAAAGCGACAGAUUCAAACACGGAGGAGGGCAUCGAAAUGGACGAAAUCAAGAUCAGAGUUCGACAUCAGGAGUCGGCGGGCGAAGCUUCCGGCACCGAGGACGAGAGCAAGUCGUUAGACGAGAAAAGUGAGCGUCUCUCACAACUUCGCUCGUUGCCUGGCAGACAACCAUGGCAUUCGGUAGUUUCUUACGUCGAUGAACUUACAGUUGGCGGGCGCAGAGACUCAAAAGGUCACUACACUGAUGGCCUGGGCAAGUUCCCGGGCAUCGGUCGCAACAAGCAGGAAAAGAUCCCGCAGCCAUGCUUUCCGAUCAACUGGUACUCUCGGUCGGCGUGUUGCAACCGACUGCACGAGACUCGCAUUGGACAGCAGUGCUUCGCCAUCCGCAAGUCAGUUCUCCAGGUGGUCGACACGCCCGCCUUCGAAUGGAUCGUCCUCAUCAUGAUCUUUGCGUCCAGCGUCACCCUCUGCUUCGAAGACAUUCACCUUGACGAGAACCCCAUACUGAAGAAGGUCCUUUACUGGACCAACCUCAGCUUCUGCGUCCUCUUUAUCAUCGAGAUGCUGCUCAAGUGGAUCGCCCUUGGCUUCUGGCGAUAUUUUACCAGCUUCUGGACUGUCCUCGAUUUUAUAAUUGUCUUCGUGUCAGUAUUCAGUUUGGCUAUCGAGGAAAAUGAAAAUCUUAAAGUCUUGCGAUCGCUGAGGACGUUGAGAGCGUUAAGACCAUUGAGAGCCAUUUCUAGGUGGCAAGGAAUGAGGAUCGUGGUGAACGCACUGAUGUACGCCAUACCGUCCAUCUUCAACGUCUUGCUGGUCUGUCUCGUCUUCUGGCUCAUUUUCUCCAUCAUGGGAGUCCAGUUUUUUGGUGGCAAGUUCUAUAAAUGCUAUGAUCGCAACGGCACCAAAGUUAACAUCACCAUCGUCAACAAUAGAUCCGAUUGCGAACGUCUCGAAGGGCAUACGUGGAACAACUCGAAGAUUAAUUUCGACAACGUUGGUCAGGGCUAUCUGGCGCUAUUCCAAGUGGCGACUUUCGAGGGCUGGAUGGAGGUGAUGGAGGACGCCGUCGACGCGCGAGGAGUCGACCUGCAGCCGGAACGGGAGGCCAACAUCUACGCCUACUUGUACUUUGUCAUCUUCAUUGUGUGCGGCUCGUUUUUCACGCUCAAUCUCUUCAUCGGAGUAAUCAUCGACAAUUUCAACAUGCUGAAGAAGAAGUACGAGGGUGGAGUGCUGGAGAUGUUCUUGACGGAGAGUCAGAAGCACUACUACACGGCGAUGAAGAAGCUGGGCAGGAAGAAGCCGCAGAAAGUGAUAAAGAGGCCGAGGAACCAGUUUUUGGCCCUCUUUUACGACCUUUCCAACUCAAGACGUUUUGAGAUCGCAAUAUUCGUGUUGAUAUUUCUGAACAUGCUUUCCAUGGGCAUUGAGCACUACAACCAGUCGACACCAGUACGUUUUGUCCUGGAAGUGAGCAACGCCUUUUUCACUACAGUCUUUGGCCUUGAGGCCAUUGUGAAAAUAAUUGGUUUGCGAUACCACUACUUCACGGUGCCAUGGAAUUUGUUUGAUUUCAUUUUGGUUAUGGCCUCGAUUUUGGGCAUUGUCAUGGAAGACAUGAUGGUGGAUUUGCCUGUGUCACCCACGCUCCUUAGAGUAGUCAGAGUCUUCCGCAUCGGUCGAAUCCUUCGACUUAUUAAGGCUGCCAAGGGCAUUCGCAAACUGCUGUUUGCCCUGGUCGUAUCUCUUCCGGCCCUGUUCAAUAUUGGAGCGCUGCUGGCGCUGAUUACCUUCAUUUACGCCAUCAUCGGAAUGUCGCUGUUUGGCCACGUCAAGCAAGUUAACGCCCUUGACGACAUGGUCAACUUCACCACUUUCGGCCGCAGCAUGCAACUGCUAUUUCGGCUGAUGACUUCCGCUGGUUGGAAUGACGUGCUGGACUCGUUGAUGAUUCAGCCGGAUGACUGCGACCCCAACAAAAACAAUCUGCCAAAUGGAGACUGCGGCCAACCCUUCCUUGCCAUCACUUACUUUGUCAGCUUCAUCAUAAUAAACUAUAUGAUUGUGAUCAACAUGUACAUCGCCAUUAUUUUGGAGAACUUCAACCAAGCGCACCAAGAGGAAGAAAUCGGAAUCGUGGAGGACGAUUUGGAAAUGUUUUACAUUAGAUGGUCAAAAUACGACCCGCACGCAACCCAAUUCAUUGGGUUCUCGCAAUUGUCAGACUUCAUUUCUAGUCUGGAUCCUCCUCUUGGGAUUCAAAAACCAAACAACGUGGCUCUCGUCAGCUUCAAUCUACCCAUCGCAAGGGGGGACAAAAUUCACUGUCUAGAUAUUUUGCACGCGUUGGUCAAACACGUGUUGGGCCACGUUGAAGAGACUGAUGACUUCAGAAAACUUCGUGAACAAAUGGACAUCAAGUUCAAGAAGCAGUUCCCUACGAGAAAGGAACUGGAAAUAAUUUCGUCAACCCGCAUGUGGAAGAGGCGAGACAAGGCCGCCAAAGUGAUCCAGCGGGCAUGGCGCCGAUACAAAAGAGGGGAUGAGGAAGUGGUUAAACGGAAAGUUUCCAGUAAACGCCGCCCAUCCUUUCGAUUAUCAUUUAGGAGACACUCAAAACAAGGGCGUCACCAAGACAAGGAGAAGGAGGGCGUAGAGCUGGAAGACGGCGAAACGCAGACGUCCAGUCCGAGUGGCAACCAGCUCGGCUGGAAGGGCUUUUCCAACUUUUUGAACAUCCGGCGCAACUCGAGCUCAUAUGUGGGCUCGCGGAAGUCCUCGCGGGCCUCGGAUGCCGGCUCCUCAGUCAGUGACGUCAACGAAAAUUCUCCCUGGCUAGGUCUUCCCCUACCAUCACAGGCCAUUUUAAUGGGCGCUCGGCAACUGAUCGACGCAACGUCGGCAGGUACGCCCGGCAUCCCGGCGGUGAUCAUUAUCGGCGACGACACGCCGUCGGUGCCGACAACAGACACGGGCCUCGACGAGCCCGACGACGACCCCCUGGAAAACUUUCGCUUCUCGGUGGGUGACCUGGACCCCGACGAGCUGGCGGCCACGGCGGCGGCCAACGCCGGCUUUCUGCACCCACUGCACCACUCCAGCGACGCGUGGCACGUCUUCAGCCAGCGCGUGUGCGACUCGGACGGCGAGGACGAUUACUCGUGGACGCACCCGCUGGCGCAGAGUCCGCCCGAGGACGAGUCGCCCGUGCGGGUGCACGCCGACGUGCACCGGCCACACCGCAACGAGAAGAGCUGAUGAGGUUGCAAAAAUUCGGACACGUAAUCGACUUGCUGUGAGACGACGAACACUGUUUUUUGAGCAAUUGUCUUUUGGUGACGCGGUAGAUGGAUUCCUGAAUUACAUUGGUUGGUUACAUGACGCAAUACAUUAUAGUUAUAGCGCGUAGUGAGUACUAAUUACGAUAUUAUUACGAGAGGCGUUGUACGCAUGCGAGCGUGAGAAAUCAUAUUGUUGUUGAAUUCAAAAUGGCCUAAUCAAAACAAAAAAAUACAGAGAAGUCAAAAGAUGUGUGUGUAAAAAGUAACAUUAGCGAGAAAAGCUUCACUUUUAACGAUAUAUAUUAAUGCGAUUAUAUACAUUGUAAAUAAAUAUGAUAACUAGUUUAAAAUGAGACGAGAUAACCGUAACUGUAGAGAUCGAGGUACAUAAAAUCUCAUUUGUGAAUUUGGAAAGACUCAUACAAUAAUUAGACAUGUAAUUGAUCAAGAAGAAUUUUUUGAAAUGGAAAAUAUUUGCCACUUAUAUUUCGCUGUGUUUUCUCCCCUUGAUGCGCCUGCUCCGCAGUUUGGAGGAUAUCGUAAAAAUUCCACAGAAGUAAAAAUGGUCAAUUGAAUUAGUUGACAACUCUAAACAAAAAAAAAAUUAUUCUGCUUUGAAUUUAUUAAAAUAAAUAUAUAAAAAUUUCUUGUCGUUAGAAAAUCUAGUUUCUGUAGCGUCCAUGAUGAAAGCACCCCACAAAUUAUUUUGUUCAAGCAAGUUGCGAGCCAUUAUUUUAAAACAAAUCCCGCAGGCUAACACAAUUUUCAUCCGAAAAUCGGAUUCCCUUUGCGUCGCCACCAUUGCCGCCGAAAAUGAAGUUUAUUGAAGCAAUUUCCAGCGAGAGCCAUUUUUCAUAGGCCCGCGUUGCCUGUUUGUUUACGAUUUCUCUCUCGCGAACUGCAGCAUAUUUAAAUGCAGCUUCUCGGGGGGGAAAGAGCGGAUCGGCGGGGUCGGGCUCGUAAAUUUGGCGCCGAAAUCCUCCUCCAGACCAGCGGCAGGCGUAAAUCACCUCGGAAAAAUAUUUUUGCCACACUACUAUCUUCCCCUCCGGCUUCAGAGGACAGUCAGUGGCCUCGACUCGGAUUUCCAAACACUGUGCACAGGGGACACGCGCUAAGCAAAACCAAUUUCGUAAAGAUUUUCGAUGCUGAUAAUUUGUUUCCGCACGCAAUACAUAUUAAAUACUUCCGCCUCGAUUUGACACGCGCGCCUAAACAAUGUUGGAUUCCAUUAACCAGUCUGUACAGUGUAUAAUUGAAUUUGGGAUAUUAAAGACCUCAUCUGGAUGACAUUAUAGAUCCAAAAUCCACGACUGCACCCCUGGAGUUGAGGAAAAGAGGGUUUGCGGGUCCAAAGUGCAGCACGUUUCAAAUUUUUAAACGUAAGGAAUCGAGUCAAUUUGUAGUAGCCACGUUAGGUUAAUUAAUUUCGCUCGGUUUGAAAAUAAAAACUGUCCUUUCCUCAACUCGAUCAAAAGCAAAAAUGGUCAAAAAGAAAAAAGCACGCACAUACACACUAACACCGCAGGACCAGCUGGCCGAAAGUAAUUAUUGCUCUUUUGCCACGUGAUUACGCAAAUCAAAACCGUUUGAUGUGUAUUAAUAAUUUAUGAUGAGGGAAUUAGUGCAGAUUGCGUUUUAAUUAGAACCCUCGGUUUGUAUAACUAUACAUAUGCUCUCUCUUACACUCACACAUAAAUCCCCGUGGUGGUCUGUGAAUAAUUACUUUGGCCAGACUUCCCAGGUCUCACGUGUUUACAUGCUGGCCUACAUAGCAAUUACUGAGCUUGUAGUUGAAGAAAUUAGCCGACGGAAUUUAUGAAAGAAAAACUCACACUCUAAAAUAUAUACCAAAUACAUAUAAUGAUAUAUACUCUGAAUAGAGAGACCUAACGAGAAAAGUAUAUUUAAAACAAAAAAUGCUGGUUAUUUUCUUCGCUCGCUCUCUCUUGACUGUUGACUUUCUUCCUAUACACGUUAUUAUCCGCUCUGACAUUAAUUAGAUUCGUUUCUCUUUGCCUCCGCUGCACAAAACGAACCUACUUUGUAGUAGAUAAUCAAAUCUCUCGCCGGCAUUGCUUUGGAAUCUUUCUUUUAAAAGCGAGUUUUACUAACGUUAAGAGCAGACUCUUAUUCUCUCUUCUUGGCGCACACAACGUGGAAAGUGUAUAAUAAUGCAGGCGCUCGAUUUUCUUCGUGCCGCGGGGUGUUUACCAUUAUGCAAUAAUUUUUCAAGAGAAAAAGAAGUUCCCCUCGAUGGAGGAACGAAAGCGAUGCUGCAAAUGCACAUCGCUUCAGACUCGGUUAUAUUGCGUGAAAAAUAGUGUAAAUUUUUGUAUAAAAAUACGAGAAUUCCAUAGCCCGCGGGCAUUUUUCGAGUUUAAGUGAAUAAGAUGAAGGCUAGAAUAUGAUUCGCUCCGAUCGGAAUUUUGCGAGAAGGAAAUAAAAUUCAUAGAAAAUAAAAUGUAACACAUAACGGCCUGCAGUGCGAAUCUUUGAGAGAAAUAUGAAUAGUCUAUGCGAGACAAAUUGAAUCGAGUGGUCCAAAUUUUUAUACAGAGAUUUAAUGCACGGGGUCAUAGGUAAGUUAAAUACCACAUAUCAUAUAUGAAAAACGGAAGAAAUCAGCAAAAUUCGUUUUAAUACACUUGUAGAGAAAAUAAGGAAAGCAUUUUAGUUAUUGUAGAGCAAUUUCAAAUUUAUACAAGAGAAAAGAUCCCAAGGCUGAGAAAGAAAGAAAAGCGGAUGCUUGAUUUUUAAGCCGGU